CUUUCACACAUUUCUUUCAAUAGUUUCAAUAUUUAAAUUUUAGUCCUUUUAGUUCAUUAGUUGGAUAAGAAACGCUCAGUCCAUGCUCUAUGUUUAUGGGAUUAUCUACAACGAUUCGAAAUGAAUAAUUUUAUAAACAAAUCCAAUUUUUUAACAUUUAUCACCAAUUUUUCAGCACAAACUAAAAAUUUUCAAUUACAACAAGUACGAAAUAAUUGGGCUGAUUGGCGAAUGAUUCGAGAUGUUAAACGACGAAAAUGUGUAAAAGAACAUGCUGUAGAACGUGUACGUAUAAAUUCAUUACGCAAAAAUGAUAUUUUACCUAUUGAACUGCGUGAAUUAGCUGAUGUACAAAUUCAAGCAAUGCCGAGAGAUUCAGCGUUUGUUCGAACACAUGGAAGAUGUCAAUUAACAUCGCGACCGCGUGGUCUUGUAUAUAAAUGGCGUUUAAGUCGUAUUGUUUGGCGACAUUUAGCUGAUUAUAAUAAAAUGAGUGGUGUUCAAAGAGCUAUGUGGUAGUCACAUUUAUUUUGUACAUAUUUUUGUUAAAUGUU